AUGCUGCUUGGAUACGCUGACGCCAUCGACAUCAUUGGUAUCGAUCGUCGUUCAGUGGAGGAGGCGUUCGUACCUUUCAAGCGGGAAGCUGCGAAGAUCGGACUGACCAUCAACACUGCCAAGACCAAGUAUCUGGUUGCUGGCAGAGCGCGUGGCAGUGCAGUCCAGGCCAAGAUUCUGUACGAACAGAUGCCGGUGAUUUACAUCUACGUAAUUAACUCCACCGCCAGCAAGGAUCCGAGGCUGUACGAGUGUCCGAUCAACCGCAUACCGCAGCGAACCGACAAGAAGUUCGUCGGUUCCAUCGACUGCGAGACGGACUCUAGCCCGCGGCACUGGACAUUGCGCGGUGUGACACUGCUCUGUGAUAUCAAAUAA